AUGUCUCCCUCGAAACAAACGAAGAUCACAGACCUGCUACGGUCCAGUAAGAAAGACCGGCAAAAACAGGCCCAAGAUGGCGCCGACGCCGGAGUUCUUUCCCAGGACGGGGAAGACUCUAUGGAGCCAAUCCUUUCACAAAGGAGUACGGAGGACGACCAUAUCACCAAAGACUACUUGAAACAAAUACUCCAGGACCUGAGGGCUACCAUGAUCACGUCCAGCAUUCACCAAGAAAUAUCAGAACUCGGGGACAGCACGGAUCACCUAGAAAAAAAAAACAGAGGACCUCUCCACAGCCCACAACGCUAUGACCGACUCUAA